UGGCACCCUUAAAUACCCGUAAUUGCCAAAAGGUUGCCUCUCUCCCCAGUAACAAGUGAAGCAGCCGCUCUUCUUCUCAGGUAAGACAAAAUGAAGCAUAACAAUGUUAUUCCAAGUGGGCAUUUCAGGAAGCAUUGGCAAAAUUAUGUCAGAACCUGGUUUAACCAACCAGCUAGAAAAACAAGGAGACGCAUAGCUAGACAAAAGAAAGCUGUUAAGAUUUUCCCUAGACCCACUGCCGGGCCACUUCGACCAAUUGUUCAUGGGCAAACACUCAAGUACAAUAUGAAGGUUAGGGCAGGCCGGGGUUUCUCUCUUGAAGAGCUGAAAGCUGCUGGCAUCCCCAAGAAAUUGGCUCCGACGAUUGGUAUUUCUGUUGAUCAUCGGCGAAGGAACAGCUCUUUGGAAGGCCUCCAAACUAACGUUCAAAGGCUUAAGACAUACAAAGCUAAGCUUGUCAUCUUCCCAAGGCGUUCCAAGAAGGUUAAGGCUGGUGAUUCAUCUGCAGAGGAACUUGCAACUGCAACCCAAGUCCAGGGUCCAUACUUGCCAAUUACCAGGGAGAAGCCAUCUGUUGAACUUGUGAAGGUCACCGAUGAGAUGAAAUCAUUCAAGGCCUAUGAUAAACUGCGCAUUGAGCGCACAAACAAGCGCCACCUUGGUGCAAGGCAGAAGAGGGCUGCCGAGGCAGAGAAAGAGGAUAAGAAGUAAUUAAGCUCUGUUUGAUUCUCUUAUCUAUUUGGAUGAGUAGAGGGCAUGGAUAGUGAAAUUUUGUGCUACAAACAAUUUCGAGUUUUCUGUCUAUUCUGUUGGAGUUAUUGUUUUGCUUAGUCAUGCUACAAUUUGUAUCCUUUGGAUAUCUUGAGUUGCUUUAACCUCUAAAAGAGAUUGUUUUGCCUUUCAUGAACCAUAAGAAUGGUGUGUUUAGUCUUUUCUUAGCCUUUUCCAAUCA